UUCUCCCCAGCCUACGACGAUGCCGAGCCUGAAUACGAUCCCGAUGAGCCCGCGGAGCCAUUUGACCCCGAUGUCGAGACCAACGGCCAAGUCGACGAUAUUGCAGUGGGGCAAAAUCCCGAUCAGCUUCUAACUACUGGCGAUCGUGGUGUUGUUGUCUCGGGGGAUCCGGCUGCUGCUGCAAAUCGAGGAAAGGGAGGAGAGAAGGCGCCGAAGGACAAGAAGAUUCCCCAUGAUCAGCGGACGACUACACCCUACAUGACGAAGUACGAGAGAGCUCGGAUUCUAGGCACAAGGGCGCUGCAGAUCAGUAUGAAUGCACCUGUUCUGGUCGAUUUGGAGGGAGAGACGGAUCCACUUCAGAUUGCCAUCAAGGAGCUAAGAGAAAAGAAGAUACCCCUGAUUGUGCGGAGAUAUAUGCCUGAUGGCUGGUAUGAGGAUUGGACUUGCGAAGAACUCCUGCAGUGA